AUGGAGAAGCAGCAGCAGCAGCAGCAGCAGCUCCGUUCCUCAUGCAAGAAGUGCAGCAACAGAUUCCCUGUACCUUUCCUUGGCUGUGCUCUUGUGGUGGUGCUGCUGCUCUCCAUGGCCUCUCCAGCCAGUUCUUGCACGGAGCAGGAGAAGGGCUCCCUCCUGCAGUUCCAUGCUGGGCUGUCACAGGACGGCGGCCUCUCGGCGUCAUGGAAGCAAAACAGCACCGACUGCUGCGUGUGGGAAGGGGUCACCUGUGGCGCGGAUGGGACAGUCACCGAUGUCUCGGUGGCUUCCAAGGGCCUUGAGGGGCACGUCUCGCCGUCCCUGGGCAACCUCGCUGGACUGCUGCGCCUCAACCUGUCCCACAACUCACUCUCUGGUGGCCUACCACUGGAGCUGGUGUCGUCCAGCAGCAUCAUCGUCCUCGACGUCAGCUUCAACCGCCUCAAGGAAGACAUGCAAGAGGUGCCGUCUUUAACCUCUGUCCGGCCUCUGCAGGUACUGAACAUCUCGAGCAACCUGUUUACAGGCCGGUUUCCAUCGUCCACCACGUGGGGGGUGAUGAGCAAUCUAGUCACCCUCAACGCCAGCAACAACAGCUUCACUGGGCAGAUACCAAGCCAUUUCUGCACAGGCUCACCAUCGCUAGCCGUGGUUGCACUCUGCUACAACCAAUUUACAGGUGGCAUCCCUCCUGGACUUGGUAAUUGCUCCAUGCUCAGAGUGCUCAAGGCUGGACACAACAACCUCAGCGGGACUCUACCAAAUGAACUCUUCGACGCUUCCUCCCUGGAGUACCUCUCCCUUCCUGACAAUGGUUUACAUGGAGUGAUCAAUGGUGCACAAAUAGUCAAGCUCAGAAAUCUGACUACUCUAGAUCUUGGAGGGAACAAUUUCAGCGGCAAGAUUCCCGACUCAGUUGGUCAGCUCAAGAGAUUAGAGGAGCUGCGUUUGGACCACAACAACAUGUCAGGGGAGCUGCCGUCAGCUCUGAGCAACUGCACUAAUCUCAUAACAGUUGACCUCAAGAGCAACCACUUCGAUGGAGAACUUACCAAGGUUAACUUCUCGAGCCUGCUUUAUCUUAAGAGUUUAGAUCUUCUGUACAACAAAUUCACCGGCACAAUUCCAGAAAGCAUAUACUCUUGCACCAAGUUGGCCGCACUGCGCAUAUCUGGCAACAACUUGUAUGGGCAGCUUUCACCAAACAUAGCCAGUUUGAAAGCCCUUACUUUCCUAUCACUUGGUUUCAACAAUUUUACAAAUAUCACAAACACGAUUCGGAUACUCAAGAACUGUAGAAACCUCACUUCCUUGCUUAUCGGAGGGACAAACUUUAUGGGUGAAUCCAUGCCAGAAGAUGAAAUAGUUGAUGGUUUUCAGAAUCUUCAGGUUCUCUCCAUAGCUGGUUGCUCAUUGUCAGGAAACAUACCCCUUUGGCUAUCAAAGCUGACAAAGUUGGAGAUGCUGUUUUUGCAAAAUAACCAACUCAGUGGACCAAUACCAGGCUGGAUCAAUAGCCUAAACUUACUUUUCCACCUAGACAUAUCAAAUAAUAGCCUUACAGGCGAAAUUCCAAGAGCCUUAAUGAAGAUGUCAAUGCUAAAUUCAGAAAAGACAAAGGCACCCCGUUUGGACCCAAGAGCCUUUGAGCUGCCUGUUUAUGCAACUCCAUCACGUCAAUAUCGUAUAUCAAGUGCUUUCCCUAAAGUGCUGAAUCUGGGAAACAAUAACUUCACUGGUGUGAUCCCUGAGGAGAUUGGUCAGUUGAACUCACUUGUUAUACUGAACUUCAGCUCCAACAGCUUAUCAGGAGACAUACCACAGCAGCUCUGCAACCUGAUAAAUCUGUGGGUGCUCGACUUGUCUAGCAACAAUCUUACAGGCAUUAUCCCAUCAGCACUGAAGAACCUGCACUUCCUUUCAGCAUUCAACAUUUCCCACAAUGACCUCGAAGGCCCAAUUCCAGAUGGAGUCCAGCUUAGUACAUUCCUAAGUUCUAGCUUUGAAGGGAAUCCAAAGUUGUGUGGCGGUAUUCUCCAUCGCAAUUGUGGUUCAGCAGGAAGACCGUCAGGCUCUAGAAAACACUGGAGCAAGAAAUCCAUUUUUGCAAUUACAUUCGGUGUGUUCUUUGGUGGAACCGCUACUCUUUCCGUGCUCGGGUGUCUCCUUGCAACAAUCAAGCACAGGAGCAGCAACAGUGGAGAUGUGGAAGUAUAUUCAAUUGAGACUGGUUCAGAAGAAUCAUUAGUGAUAGUGCCACGAGGAAAGGGAGAAGACAGUAACCUCACAUUCGCUGACAUCAUGAAGGCUACAAAUAACUUUCACCAGGAGAACAUCAUCGGGUGCGGAGGCUAUGGGCUGGUCUAUAGGGCUGAUUUACCUGAUGGCUCUAAGCUGGCCAUCAAGAAGCUUAAUGAUGCUAUGUGUCUGAUGGACAGGGAAUUCACUGCAGAGGUUGAUGCACUCUCAAUGGCACAGCAUGACAACCUUGUACCACUCUGGGGUUACGGCAUACAGGGAGAUUCAAGAUUCCUCAUAUAUCCUUACAUGGAGCAUGGCAGCCUGGACGAUUGGCUUCACAACAGCGAUGGUGAUGCCAACUUGUUUCUUGACUGGCCGACACGGCUCAAGAUCGCACAAGGAGCAAGCCGGGGCCUUUCUUAUAUCCAUGGUGUCUGCAAGCCUCACAUUGUCCACCGUGACAUCAAGUCCAGCAACAUCCUGCUUGACAGAGAAUUCAAAGCUUAUGUCGCAGAUUUUGGGCUCUCCAGAUUGAUUGACAGUAAAACCCAUUUCACAACUGAGUUAGUUGGUACUCUGGGCUACAUUCCGCCUGAGUAUGGGCAAGGAUGGGUUGCUACACUGAGAGGUGACAUGUACAGUUUUGGCAUGGUCCUGCUUGAGCUGCUCACGGGAAGACGGCCUGUCCUGGUCUUGUCCUCAUCAAAAGAACUCGUCAACUGGGUACAGGAUAUGAUAUCAGAAGGGAAGCAGCUUGAGGUCCUGGAUCCUACACUUCAGGGUAAAGGGUAUGAAGACCAGAUGAUGAAGGUGCUUGAAGCAGCUUGCAAGUGCAUCAGCCGUAAUCCUUGCAUGAGACCAACGAUACAGGAACUAGUCUCCUUCCUGGAGAGUGUAGACGCCAAACUGCAGAUGCAAAAUUCAGUUAAGAUAGAAUGCCGCUACACAUAGCAGAUGUAGGUCCAUACAAUUACUACUGAAAGAUGUUACAGUUAUUUUGACAAAGCUUCUGACAGAUUACCAUUUUU